AAUUGCUGUGGGCCACUCAUCUCUCUGUCUUUGAUAUAUUUCAUGGGAAACAGAUCGAUUGUGCAUGUCUAUUCAGAAGUAAAGACUUCCACUCGGGUGUAGAGAUGAUUGCAGCCUAAACCCUAAAUCUGAGCACUUGACACACAUGAGCUUGGUUAUCCUGGCAACAAUCCUGCCAGGUAGGCGCUGUUCCUUGGAUGGAGCAGCUUGCCAGCACCACCAGAGUCUGGCGAGGAUGCACAGGUCUCCCUGCCAUCUCAGCCUGGUUUCCAUAGCGAUCGAGGCCCUGGGCGGCCUUGGGCGGCGGAGCCCCCGGCGGAGAGGUUUCCCAUGGCAGCAACCUCCUUCACUUCCUCUCGACGCCCCGCACCCCGCGCGCGCCUCCGCCUGCAUCCCCUCCCUCCGUUGCCGCGGCAACCGCGGGGGCGCGCAAGGAUGGCGAGGGGGCGAGCAGGUGGUGGGCUGGCAGUUGUGCCAGGCAGCCCCCUCGCAACGUGGGGGCAGCAGGAGGCCAAGGGGCGGCCCCGCACUGGCAGGACAAGCCCCCCGCCCGCCCUGCUCAGACCCGGCUGGGCGCCCCGGGGCCCCGCGCCUCUCUCUCCUCCUCGGUCGGCCCGGAUCCCGCUCGGCUGGCAGAAGAGGACCCAGGAGUCCUGGCGCUCGCUCUCGCUCUCCCCCUCCAGUCCCCUCCCCGGGUCCAGAGCCUUCCCGGCUGAACUGGGAGAGGACCCAGGAGUCCCGGCGCCCUCGCUUAACUCCUCCCCCUCCCCCGUUAGUACGGAGCGGACCCGGGAGAUCCGGGAGAGGAGGGCCCAGGAGUCCGGCCGGAACCUCUCUCCCCUCCCCCGCCCCGCGCCGCCGGGAAAGGACCCAGGCGUCCGGGCGCCAGCUCCGCCUCCGUGCUUUGCAUGUGACGGCGCCGUCAACGCUGCCUCCCGACGAGGGACCCGGCCUGCGCGGCUCGGUCGGAGGCAGGAAGAAGAAGAAGAGGAGCGGGGAGAGAGGGACCCGCGCGUCCCCAGGGGCAGAAGCAACUUGGAGCCCGCCGGCAGCCUCGCCCGGGACGCGGCUGGAGGGGAGAGGCGCCGCGCAGCCCAUGGAGCCUCCCGGGUCGGGCGCGGCGGCUGCCGCCUUGCUGACGGUCAUGGAUCCCUCAGUCACCCUGUGGCAAUUCCUCCUGCAGCUGCUGGAGCAGCAGAGCAACGGACAUCUCAUCGCAUGGACAUCCAACGACGGAGAGUUCAAGUUAGUUGAUGCUGAGGAAGUGGCACGGCUCUGGGGGCUGCGGAAGAACAAGACCAACAUGAACUACGACAAGCUGAGUCGGGCCCUGCGCUACUACUAUGACAAGAAUAUCAUCCGUAAAGUCAGUGGGCAGAAAUUCGUCUACAAAUUUGUCUCUUACCCGGAGCUUUCAAGCAUGGAGGGAGUAAAGGAUGAGGGAGGAGCCAAAAGGCCUGAGCAGGUGCAGAGUGAAGCAAAAGGGGGCGAGGGGGCGUUUGGGGCCCCCAAAGCCCUGCGUGGAGCUGGGGGUGCCCCACGCAGCAGCCGGAAUGAGUAUAUGCGCUCUGGGCUCUACUCCACUUUCACCAUUCAGUCGCUGCAGGCUCCUUCGCCCGCUGGACGGGUCUCCCGCCAGGAGACAGAGCUCUUGCCCACAGUGCCACCCCCUGCUGCUGCCCCUGAACCACCACCACCCUCCUUGGCCACAGUGGACAAUCCGCCUCAGCUGCACAUCAGGAUUGAGGAGCCAGAGGAGUCUCAGGAGCCCCUGCAGGUCAUAGUGGAGCCCAGCCCAUUGGAUCCUCCCCCCCUUGAUGAGAAGGUUCUGGUGAAGGUGGAAGAGAACCUUGACCUUGAUGGGGAAGCAGCUGCUCUGCUGGUCUUAAUGGAGGCUGGAGUCAAGGAGGAGACCUUGCCUUCAGAGAAGGCCUCUUUGGAGAAGGUGUCCUUGGAGGCUGAGCUGCCAGAGGAGGGGGGUGGUCUGCUGAAAGAGGAAGCUCAGUCCCCCAGACCAGCAACCGUGUCUCUUGAGGGACAGCCCCAAAAGGGCAAGAAGCCCAAAGUCCUGGAGCUACCUUCACUGCCAACCCAGGAGAAAGUGAAUGCCACUGUGAACAGUCUCUUGGCACCUGGAGGGGCAGGGAGUACGCUGACCCCAACCACGGUCAUUUCUUCUCAUGCACUGACCCCAGUGCUGCUCACUCCGAGUUCCUUGCCACCCACCAUCCAUUUCUGGAGCACGCUCAGCCCCAUCGCACCCCGCAGCCCAGCCAAGCUCUCCUUCCAGUUUCCCAGCAAUUCCAGCUCCCAAGUUCACAUUCCCUCUCUCAGCGUGGAUGGACUCUCCACCCCUGUAGUCCUCUCUCCCGGACCCCAGAAGCCAUAGCUUUUCUGCUCAGCAUCGCUGUGUCCUGUACUCCUGCCAAAGAGCUGGUUUGAGUUUCUUUCCAAGCAGUUGGGAUUACUUCUCUGAAUGGACAACUGUGUGUCUCUUCACUGGCCGGAGGAUCCCUUUGGUGAGCCAAGGACUAAUGAGCUGCUUGAAGGAUGGAAAUAGUGUAGCAAACAGAUCUCAUCCAAUUGCCUCGAAUAGGCCAGGAUGUUCCUCUGAAACUAAACGGUGUCUCCCUAACGCCAAGAAGUUGUUGUGCUGCACCUACCUGCUUCUGAAAAGCUUCAUGUGACCCUCAAAUACCUCUCUGGGGGCAAAGAGGUUAUAACCUCGGUUAUUUGCCGCCUGCCGCCCCAGUUAAGGGGUUGCCCAUAUCUACCUUUAGUAUAGCAGCUUGGGCUGUCCUUCGUAUUCUCUUUCUUGCUAUUCAGUCUCAUAAUGGAGAUGAGUUGAGGUGAUGGUCCAAGUUCAAGAAGGCGACCUAUCUCCUGACAUCCUACAAGGUAAAUCAACUGUCUCAUCUCAUCAGCUCCCUCUCUCCUUGUUCAGGAGAGCCUUGGUUCAAAGGUAGAAAGGUAUAGACCCUGCCAGCAAUGUUUGUUUUGGUUGUCUGCAGGGGGGCAGAAGCAGCACCAACCAUAUUUGUGUUGAUUGUGUGUUGAUUUCAACUAUGGAUGAUCAGUGUGUUGGUGUGCAAGCUAUUUUUGGGCCAAAAGAGUUUCAGCCAUGUUUGUGGCUGGAUGCAAGUAAGGAUGUCAAGGUUAACCACAUCUGUUGUGGCUGAAAGGAGAAGAGGAAGCACAGUUGGUCAUGUUUCUUCAGACUUCACGAAAGAUGGUUUUGGCACAGAGUGUUCUUUAAUUGGCUUGGCAUGGCAAAGGAAAAUGCAUUGGAGGUGUUUGCUGGUCAGCACCGGAGGAGGAGGCACUGCUAGUCAUGUUCAGUUUUGCCAGAAAAGGUAGCAGUGUCAGCCACGAUAGUUCUAUCUAAACAAUGUUGUCCAUGAGUCCUUUGGCUCAGUGAGGUGGGAGAUGUUUCUGGUGUUUCUUUUGGAUAUGUUAGACAUUCCAUUUGACAUCACAACUGCAGCUGAGGAAGCCCUGUUUUUGUUUUAUUCUACACGCACCUCAGUACUGAUACACCUAAAGGUCAAAGGUCACCAGUUCGUCAAUGUGGAGACCAGAGAAUGGAAGUCCCACCGACUUUACAGAAUGGUUUCCUUAAUUUAUUUGCUGACGACGAAGGUCACCACAGAAAUGACCGAGCGAGAAGUCUUAAUCCUUUCAACUUGGGAGUCGGUCUUAAUGGCUUCAUUUCUUUCUUCAGUGGAGAAAUAUCAGAUGUUGACCAUCUUCUGGGGAAGUUUAACUUGCUGACUGGUCACUAAAGAGAAAGUCCUCACAUACCUCCUCACUUACUUCCAGCUCUCAAGUCACCCUGGAAGCCGCAGUGACAAAUUCCCACGUUAGAGGGUAUCCUGGUCAUUUCCUGCAACCCAAACAAGGGGGCAGGGGAGGGGGAGGCUUUCUAUGGAAACAGUGAAAAGGAAGUUAAGCCUCUUUCUGCAGCUUCCCACUUCCUUCCAGUUACAUCAAAAGGGAAUUUGUGACUUUUUACAAAAGGGCUGUGUCUUUUCAUAAGGUGAGUUUUUAACUUGGGUCCUCAGAUCGUGAAAACUCUGUCCUUCGGCUUUGAGGUUUUUGUGGGGAUUCCUCAGAACUAUUUGUUAAUGAAGCAGAAAAGAUGCUGUUUCAGAAAUAUCAUAUGAUUCCUAAUCA